CCGCCCGCCACGCCCAACCGACUCUCGCGCCUUCUCUCGUCCCUCCCCGCACUCACGCACGUGGACUUCGACUCUCCGGCGGGCUGUGGCAUCCUGGUCACAGAGGUGCUGGCAUACAUUCAGCAAAGCGUCGGAACAAAGCCACUCAAGGUACUCAGGCGCGCACACGUAGCACGGGCACGUCCGUCCCUAAUGAACGGACCCUUCUCACUUGGGUCGCAGAAGUUGGAGAUAGUGCAUCACUGGCCGCUUUUCCUCCGGCCCCGCACCAAAGCGGCCGCCCCUGUCGCCUUCCCCUCACCCCACACCGCCCGCCAGUACCCCACAGUGGAAGAGCUCAGCAUCGAGAUCCAGCCCAUCGACAUGGACCUGGUGGGCAGCGCCCAGGACCUCAUCGCGAGAGCAGAGAGCGUCCCCGAGCGGCUGCGGGACCUCUUCCGCCUCGUCCACGAGCUGCGGCCGACGCACGCCACCUUCGAACUCAGCGAGCGGGCAGACAUCUUCGUCGCACCCGGCGACGCUGAGCAAGUCGACAGCGAGCUCGACUUGCUGUUCCGCGAGGGCCGUGUACGCGACGACAUGGCCGAGUAUGGGAUGGAGCUGCGUCUGCCGAUGACAUAUAAGCGGUUCGACGGUGAGGACUCGUCGGUUGAGGACAUGGCUGCCCGGCCGGCCGAGCACCAGUUGACCGUCGAGAUGGACAUAUGGCUGCUGAAUGACAGUGACGGUGUAGAGGGGAAUAGUGAGGGAUUUGAUGAUGCGGCGGGCUGGACGGACUGGGGAGGGCAGGGGGGAGAUGGUUAGCUGCCGGUGUGAAUAGCUACUUAGUGUGCAGACAGACAGGCCUGAGAGCAGCCUGGCCGAAUGCUCGGCUGCCGCGUUUCUGGAGAGACAAUCACUGUGUGUGGGUGGGUGGGUAGCUCGCCAUCCGGGCGCUCACUGAGAGACAGACCAAUGAGUAGGUAGGGUGAGGGGGUGGACGGCUGGUGCAGAUGACUCGAGUGCCAUGAAUAUGCGUCCGUGCAUCAA